GUCUCUAAGACAUAGAAGCUGUUAAACCUGUGGCAGAGUAAUCCAGAGAACAUCAGCUUGGGUGCUUUUUCUGCUAACGAAUGGUAGACAACGCAGUGAGAGCAAGAGACAGAGCAUCUAGAAAGUGGGACCGAAACCUCGUUAGACAUGAGGAGAGACAAGGUUUUCUGAACUUAAGAGACUACUGAGUAUGAAGUGGUUUGAUUGGUAGGAAAAAAAGGGGAAGAAAAGUCAAAGAAAGUAACUUCAAAGUUUUGCAUGUGCUUUCAAGUGAGAGCGAAAACAGGGGGAGAGAAGUACAUCCUUUCAAAUUUCAGAUCUACGUGACUAAAGGGAACAGAACUGAAUCUGAGCUUGGGAUGAGUCUGAGUACCUGAAAUGGUAAAGAUGCUUGCGGGAGGAAGUGGACGUUUUGACUUGAUGUACUAUUUGUGCGUCACGUCUGCUGCCUGAUGAAGCUUUGGUGAUGAGAAGAGCUCAAGUGCAUGGAAACUUCCUACUAUGUGAAAGAACGGAUGGGAGCUGGCCAGGCUCGUGACAGAGUCAGCAAAGUGACCUGAGAUAUUGCAAGCUCUUAACCAAGACAGGUCCAGCAGCACUAGAGCGAGCAGCAGACACUUCUCAAGACCACCUCCUAGACAGUUCCCAGAGAUGGAUUAUCCUGCUUUCCUUUGGGCUAUUCUUGUAUACAAAGUUCUAUGUGAAGAGCGAUCUUGGGAAACAACUGUUAAAUUUGCCAAGAAUAUGACUCUAGAAUGUGUGUAUCCAUCAACAGACAAUGUGACCCAGAUUGAGUGGUUCAAGAUCAAUGGGCAGGAGAAGUCCAUUGCUGUUUUCAACCCUACGUAUGGUGUGAGCAUAAAAGAGCCCUACGUUGAUAGGGUUUCCUUUUUAAAUUCAACAAUGGCAACCAGUGAUAUGACCCUUUUCUUUCAUAAUGCCUCUGAAGCUGAUGUGGGUUUCUAUUCCUGCUUGUUUAACCUUUUUCCACUUGGAACUUGGAAAAAGAAAUUGCUGGUGGUUCAGUCAGGUCUCAGUGAUCACAACUCACACGCCUUCCAUUGUUCUUUACCACAACUGCCUUCGCCCUACGCUGAAAGAGGCUGCCAACCACUGUCACUGGAACACACUUCCUCUUCAGAUGGUUUUGAGAUAACUGUGCCACCGAACAGCCACAUCAUUGCAGAAUCUGGAAAAAAUAUCACACUCACCCAUCGGCUUCAGAGCACGUGGAAGGUGCAAAGAGUCACGUGGGAGAGGAUCCAGCCCCACCAGAUAGACGUGCUGGCUUCUUGCAACAUGUUGCAAGGGGGAAGCCACACCUCAAAGUACAAAAGGCAGGUAGUGAGCACGUGCAGCGAAGGCCGCAGCAGCACCAGCACCAUCACCAUUCCGCAGGCUUCCGCUUCCGACGCUGGGCUGUACCGCUGUCGCUUCCUUGGCCAAGCAGGAGAAAACGAGACCUUUGUCACACAGUUGACCAUAACUGAUGGUAAAAUUGAUAACCAAUAUAUCCUCUUUGUGGCUGGAGGGACAGUUUUAUUGUUAUUUGUUUUUCUGGUUACCACCAUCAUCGUCAUUUCUCGUUACAGGUGGCCGACAACUAUAGACCCCCUGUCUCCACCCCUCAGUGCGUGGACAGUGAAGAUAUCUAUGUCAACUACCCUACCUUCUCUCGCAGACCAAAGGCGAGGGUCUAGUUUUCCCUUUUGUUUGAGCAAAUUCAAGACAACUAUUAUAAAUAUGGAUCUUCAUACCCAGCAUCUCUACCUUGGAAACCAGUUCACCACACUUGUUUCAUUUGAUCGGAAAAUUGUUGCAUUAUCUAGAAAACAUUCUAAAUGGAAAUGCUUCAGAAAAUCUGACUAUAAUAAUUUAUUCGUAUGUGUAAGAAAAUGUACUGAAUCUUGUAUCAGAACAAUGCAGGGUAGUUCCAGCCUCAACAAAGGAUGUCUCCGAAGAUUUCCUGUUUCUAGAAUUAAGCAUUGGCAUGGACUGGUGUCUGGAUCCCUUCCUCAGUGCUGGGCUGGCAUCCUCGAUGUGGGCUUAACUCACUCAAGCUUUCCUCUUGGGCUUCCAAGUGGCUGCCAGUGCCUCGUGGUAAUUCAGACACUCUUCUUUUGGUGCGAUAGCGGGCUUGCCUCGCCAAGAUAGCAGCCAGAUUUGGUUAUUUUCCUGUUGUUAAAAAGGUGCAAUGACCAGAAAGGAUGAAAUGGCUUUAGUCAAGGCACGGUGCCGGCCGUUCAGAGGGAAAGGGAGCCUCAAGGAUGAGGAAGUUACUAAUAAACGUGGCGUGCCAGACAUCUGGUAACUAAAUGUGAAAAGCAGGGGUCUAGGUCAGUUCCUUCUCCCACUUGUAGAAUCUGUUCCAUCAGAACAGUGAAGAGCACCUGGCAGUAGUAUAUGGACACUCAGAAAAAGACAAAUGUGACAGGAACAGCUCCUCAUUUCCUCUUCUCACAUUGAUCUCUCAAUUUGUGUGGGAUUUUUACCACCAUCCCAGCCCUAGCUUUAUGAGCAGAUGUAGCAGGUAGGUGGGCCAAAAGUAAAAACAAAUAAACAACAAACAAAAAAACCCCAUGGUUUUUGAUAUUUAUUUUAUACUCUUAAGGAAUUAUUUCUAUCAUAAAUUAUUUUAAAAGGGUCAGGCACUGAAGCUUAGCUAGAUUUUAAAAAAUAAGUAUGUGAAACUAACUGAUAAAAAUGGUUGUUGGAAGUUGUGGUAAGGGAUAGGAAUUUAGAAGGAGAGUAUUGGAAGGGUUCAGAUGGAGGUUGGGAAACUAAGUUAGAGUGCAUACUGAGAUAAGCAUCAUUUUAAAAAGUUAAACACGAUAACAUAAUUGCUUUCUGGAAUAGCCAGAUGGUUAAUACAGAGGAGAAGGGACCCUAUUGAUACAGCUCUUGUUCGGAGUCAGACAGAGAGCUGUUUCCAUGCUUCCUUCUCUGCCUGUUUGCACUCCCAGCCUUCUUGGUUUUCCCAGGGGCUUGGUGCCAGCCUCAGGCCUCUGCUGGCCCUCUGGCCUCCCUGGCUGCCCCUGGACAGCCAGCGGUGCUGACUCGGGAAGCGCCCUUUGCUCCUCUUCUUUCUCUGAAUGUCCGUGCUUACAGACCACUUGGGUUGCGUCUCCUCGAUAUAGCCUGAUUUGCUAAAGGUUUAGAAUCUGCCUACUGUGGUAACCCUCCCUCACUAUCACCAUUACUUGUACCUACUAUUUUGGUUGUUAAUAAAAGAGCAGAUCCACAAAAUAAAAGAUCAGGAUUAGAAUUAAUUUCUUUUUUUUUUUGCAAGAUUCUGUUUGGAAAGCAAGAUUUCUUAAAUUUUUAAAAAUUGAUAUAUAUUGACAUAUUGUAUAAAUUCAUUCUUCCUCCAAAUAUCUUUAUUUUAAUAUUUAUAUUAAUGUGAACAUUGGAGUAAAUUACUGUGUUGUAGGAAGGCAGGGAGGCUUGUUAAUUGAUGUUAUAGGAUACCCAGUUUUAUUAGCAAAAUAACACAUUUCUACUGACUAUGUAUUGGCUAUAUUUCAGCAGAGACCCUCAAAUUUUAUUGAAAGGCUUUUAUGUAUGCUGAAAAACAGAACGGUAAUUUCAUGAACUUGUAAUCCUGCCUAUGAAUGGAAGGUAAACACAUAGUAAUUUUCAGUUAGUACAAAUUCAUGUUUAUUGAACAUUUUGUUAAUUCAGUCAAUUUAAAGCUAACCAGCUAUUCAUAUAAAUUUAAACCAAAUUAAUCAUGACAAUAUCAGGAUGAAACAUGACUGAGCUUGGCUACUAUUAAAACAUGCUGCUCAGUGAAUGCUGACCUGUGCACUUGGGCCUUUGUGUAAGUUACUGUAAUUUCUCACUAGUCCGUUCAUUGCUAUUAUUCUGGUCAAGUAUUUGAGCUCUGGUGCUUUUUAAAUAAAAAAUCAAAACAAGUUUGUUUUAUUAGUGAUCCAAUAGACAGAACAGUGGUUUUUAGAAUUAACUAUAAUGCUUUCUAAGAAAAUUCUGUAACUGUCAAGGUUGGUUUACAUACUAAGCGCUCCGGGUUCAAAGCACUAAGCACACCGCAGGGUGUGAGAGGAGCUGUUGGUUACAGGAAUGACAAAUGUCUGGGAUAACGCUGGUUUACUGUCCUUACUUGAAUGUUAAGUAUUCAUCCUCUUUAAAACACGGUUCCUAAUUUUAUUAUGUAAAUUCAUAUCAGUCUCUGUAAGGUAUGUGAAUGUUUGCCUUGCUGGAUUGUGUUCUGUUAUAUUAAAUAAAGAAAGUAUAAUACUCCAUGAGCACUAAUUUCUUUUUCCAUCUUGGAAAGAAGCAUAGCCCGUGCUUUGAGCUUGGACACUGCCUAGAACGGCUGCAGCUGAACGGGGCGUCGCUCCCCUGCAUCGUCCAAGCCACACGUGAACAUCCUUUUUUGACGUGCUUCAUUUGCUCCAGAUUUUGUGUCAGCAAGGAGGUAGCUGAGCUCCUCCACUUUAGGUUCCAUAGAGGGAGGCAGACGCAAAGCCACGUCCAAGUAACAGCCACAGGAGAAUUUCUCCAAGUCAAGAGCUUCUAAAAUUGACAAAUGACUUCGUGGUUUUUGUUACAAUUAGGGGACCCAGUGUACCUGAAUUUAUUUGCAGGUCUACAUACAUCCAAGAUCAUUUUAAAAUAUAUUUGUAAAUAAAUAGACAAUUGGUAAAUAAAUAAUUAGUAUUUCUACCAACCUUCUUACUUGGUAGUCUUGAAAUAAAAUUGGGAUAAUGAUAUAAAGUGUUUCUAUUAUGUAUGAUAAUUUUCAAACCUCCUAUAUUCCUUAAUUUAAUUCUUAAAUCUAUAGUGGUGGGAAAAUAAAUGUAAUUUUGAAUGACAAUUGAAGAAAAUUACUUGAAGAGAAGUUGUGUAUCACACUAUUAUGUCACUUUGAGAAAGGAAUUAAACAACUCCUGGAAUCUCCUUUUCUAGGUGCUUCUGGGUUGGAAUUAGCCAACGUUGGACUUCCUGAGGCAUGGGAGAUUGGUGUGAAAUUUUGUUGUUUCUCUGUAGGUCAUUUAGUCAGUAGGUGGUGGGCAGGUAGAAAGUUGCAGCAUGCCCUUCCUGUACUGUACACCCAGUUCUUCCUGACUGAUGCCCAUGCCGGCCACGCUCCGUCCUAGUCAUUCUUCUACGCUGGCGUCAGUACCUGCCUACUCACUUGUUAGUUCCAGGAGUUUUUCAGUUGAUUCUUUGUAGUUUUCCACAUGGACAAUUAUAUCUUUCUUCCUUUUUAAUAUUCAUGCCUUUUACUCCUGUUCCUUGUUCUGUUUUAUCUAAGCCUGUGUAACUUCACUCUGUGUUGUAGAUUUUGUGUCUAGAAUUCACCGUUGUUGUUCUGGAGCCCUGAUGAUGUGGGGGUAAACUGUGAAAGGGCAGUUUCUGUAAUCUUACCAUUCCAUUUCAGGUUCUUAGUUGCCCUUUGUGAUAUUCAUAGAGUUUCUCCCACAAUGUGGUCUUGAUGUCUGCUCCCUACACCCACUG